AUGACGACCGAGACGAAGACUGGCGAUGAGAACUACGACGUGUGUGUGGUGGGAGCGGGACCGGCAGGGCUGAUGCUGGCGGCUGUCCUCUCGCGACUGGGCAUCAAGACGACGGUGCUGGACGAGCGGCCAGACCGGACGGCAGUCGGACGGGCGGACGGGAUCCAGCCCAAGACGAUCGAGACGUUCCAGAUGAUGGGACUGGGUGACGAACUGCUGCGCGACGGCGUGCGCGUGCACGACAUCUGCAUCUGGCGGGGCGACGACGCGGCAGCAUUGCACCGGGUCUCGCGUGAGGUACACUACCCGGCAGACGUGUUGGAUGUGCUGCAGCCGUACAUUCUGUUAUGCCACCAGGGCAUGAUCGAAGGGCUGCUGCUGGACGAUCUGGAGGACUGCGGUGGCGCAGUGCAGCGGUCACACGUAUUUGAGUCGUUUGAGGCGGUCGAAGGGGGAGGCAGUGGUGGCGAUGGAGGCGAGCGGCUGCUCAAGGUGCACAGCCGGCCAUCAGACACAGUCGACGCACCGGAGCUGCCAGUCGUGGCGGCCGACUAUGUGGUGGGCUGCGACGGGGCGCGGUCACGUGUCCGGGCGCAGAUCCCCGACACAUAUGCGCAAGGCACGCCGCACCGGUCGACCUGGGGCGUGCUGGACGGCGAGCUGGACACAGACUUCCCCGACAUCUGGAGCAAGACGGUCGUGUUUUCCGAGGCCCACGGAACGGUGCUGAUGAUCCCGCGCGAGCGCAACAUGACGCGAUUCUACAUCGAGAUGAAGGAUGAGGGCGAGGCCACGACAGAGAAGACGGCCCAAUCCACCGAGGCCUCCGCCCAGGACCGCGUCAUGGCACAGGCCCGUCGCGUGCUGGCACCCUUCCGGCUCGACUGGCGCACGGUCGAGUGGUUCGGCCAUUACACCGUGGCCCAGCGCGUGGCUGCACGCUUUGCUGACCCGGCGCUGCAUGUCUUCAUCGGCGGCGACGCCAGCCACACGCACUCGCCCAAGGCAGCGCAAGGCAUGAACACGAGCGUGCACGACAGCUGGAACCUGGCCUGGAAGCUCAACCUGGCUGUGCGCGGCCUAGCCACGCCGGCGCUGCUGGCCAGCUACGAGGCCGAGCGCAAGAAGAUCGCCGUGGAUCUGAUCGAGUUUGACUACGAGCACGCGAACCAGAUCGCUGCGGGUGAUGCUGCUGCGCUCGCGAAUAACUUCCGCACCAACAUCCGCUUCAUCGCCGGCGUCGGUGUCGACUACGGGCUCAACGCCAUCAACGAGCCGGUGCGCGAGACCCCAACAACGACGGUGCACAAGUCCGGCGAUGGCGGCCUCGCCCAACCUGGCUGCACCCUUCCGCCCGCCAAGGCGACCCGCUACAUCGACGCAAACCCCGUCGAUGUCCAGCUUGACAUCCCCAUCCUCGGCCAGUUCCGCGUCUACGUCUUUGUGCCCGACGUCGUUGCUCCUGCCCAGGCUGCUUUUGUCGGCGCCCUCAGUCGUGCUGUCUGUGCCGAUGGCUCCGUCUUGGCCCGACUCUCGGCCGCUGCCAAGGCCUCGUACGCCAAACAGCCCCGACCGGCCCGCAAGAAGGACGUGUUCGUCCGUCCGGAGCGUUAUACCGCUGUCAGUGAGCUCUUUACCUUUGCUCUGAUGACGGCUGCCGACAAGGGCUCGUUCGAACUUGCACAGCUGCCCUCUCUGUUUUCCCAGUCGCCCUGGACCGUCUACCUCGACGACGUCGCCGCCAUGGACACGCAGGGCAAGUCCUGCACUGGCAAGUGGCUCGGCAGCCUGGCCGCCGACGAGGUCGCUGUUAUGAACGUCCGGCCUGACGGCUACGUCGGCUCCAUUCGCCGCUGGAAGGCCUCGGAAGAGACCGGCGGGGAGGCUGCCCGUUGGCUGGAUGCAUACUACGGUGGUUUCCUGCAGGCAUAG